ACGGGUUUGUUUUGACUUUGCAAGACACGAGAUGGGUUUUCGCUGAACUUCAGUGUGUUAUAAAGCAGUUAUAGGUUUUAUUUAUAAUCAAUGACGGGUUUAUGGCACCGUGAGAGAUUCUCAGGAGAAGAGCUUUGGAUUGUUUUAGACUGAUCAGUCAUGCUUAUGUGUAGAAGGUGGUUGGUGUGCUCGAUGAGGGCUCAUUAUAGGAGCUUCAGUUUCUCAGCCUCCCUCAGGAAUGUAAUGCCCGCAUGGGUCAUCGACAAGUAUGGGGAAAACGAGGUGUUGAGGUUCACCAAGAACGCGGCGCUUCCGAUCAUCCAUUAUCCCAAUGAAGUGACCGUGAAGGUGCACGCUGCGGGGUUAAACCCCAUCGACAUCAGUAUGAGGGGUAGUUAUGGAGCAGCUACUAUGGCCAUGAAACGUGACCCACUGAACAUGAAGCAGUCAGGGAGUGAGUUUCCUCUAAUCCUGGGGCGAGAUGUAUCCGGAGAGAUCAUAGAAUGUGGGCUAGAUGUGAACUACUUUAAACCAGGAGAUCAGGUGUGGGCCGCUAUCCCUCCGUGGAAGCAGGGCAGCCUGGCAGAGUUUGUAGUUCUCAGUGCCAAUGAGGUGUCGCAUAAGCCCAAAUCACUGAGGCAUGUUGAAGCUGCAUCCAUCCCGUAUGUGGCUGCAACAGCCUGGUCCGCCAUCGUCAAUACUGGUGGCCUGAACAAAGACAACUCUUCUAAGAAACGCGUUCUUAUACUGGGAGGAUCAGGAGGAGUGGGAACCUUAGCUAUACAGAUGGUAAAGGCCUGGGGUGCCCAUGUGACUGUAACAUGUUCCCAGAAUGCCGAGCAGCUGGUGAGAGAUCUGGGUGCUGAUGAUGUUGUGGACUACACUGCUGGACCGGUCGAAAAAAAACUACAGACAUUACAAAAGUUUGAUUUGAUUUUAGAUAAUAUUGGGGGUGAAAGUGAGAAAUGGGCACUAGAUCUUCUGAAACCCUGGAAUGGUGCGAAAUAUGUUACUCUAGUAACACCAUUCCUGCAUAACACAGACCUACUGGGCCUCGCAGAUGGAAUGAUGCAGUCUGGAGUCACCAUAGGAUGCAAAGUGCUGAAGCACCUCAGGAAAGGCGUGCACUAUCGCUGGGGUUUCUUUGCUCCAAGCGGCCCUACGCUGGACGAGAUUAGCGAAAUGGUUGAUGCUGGAAAGGUCCGUCCCGUGGUGGAGGAAGUGUUCUCAUUUGCUCAGGUGCCUCAAGGCUUUCAGAAAGUCGAGCAGGGUCAUGCUCGUGGCAAAACUGUAGUCUCCAUCAUUGAGGACGAAAAAGAGUAACUAUGGCAACCAAAAACGUACUUAUGCUGGCACUUUUUUCAGUGUCUGUUGAAUUAAAAACAUUUAUCUAAUGGCUAGUGUCUUUAUUUUGCAGUAUAACAUUAGCAGGCAAGCCCUGUUCAUUAUUUCAAAUCAUAUUCGUAACAACUUGAAAAGUCAUAACAAAGAAACAAAAAUGUUUUAUUCUUAAUGUAACAGUAUAUUUUGGAAAUAUGGGCAUGAAAAUAUAAAAACACUAAAACAGAUUACUAAACACAUCAGAAAAUGUACACAAACAACACACAACACCUACUAAAAAAUCUUUAUAAAGGAAAAAGGGGAGACAGAAAAAGCUCUGAUCAGGAAUAAGCCGCCUUUCAAAUUUAUGUGAGUUUGUGAGCAGGAGUGAACUGAUGCCAGAUCAGCACAGCUAGGAGUAAAUGUUUAUAUAAAAUUCUAAUAUGUGCAAUAGUGCUUUUUAUACUUAUUUUGCAGAAUAAUCUGACAAAAAAAAACUGUACAGCAACUUAAAAUGGUAUGAGUCAACGAGUUCCCACAUUUUGUUAUCAGUGAGUUUGAAUGGCAAUAAAUGCUACCUUACAUUCAGAGAGGUCUGUAAUACCUGUUUGUAUUCUCAUUCAUCUGAACAGCAGUUGCUCAUCUGGUGCAGGAAGCCUUGGAAGUAUGCCAUUUAAAAUGUGCAGUUUUUGCUCAUGGGCACUUAGUUCUGAUCCACUGAGCCAUUAAUGUGAUUAAUUACUCUGGAGCCACAAGAAAAUAAUGUCAUGACUGCUGGCACCACAAGACCAUGAACAAGCCCUUUACUAGUGACCAUCCUGAGAUUUGACAUGAAAGAAAAAAAAAUCUAUUUCAAGCUUUUAGGAGCUUUUAAGGCACUAGUAAAACAUCUAUUAUACUAAUUACUAGUAGUAUAUGACUAUACUAAGUAUCUAUAACUUAUACAUUUCUUGCACAAAAUAAUUUAGUCAGAAUACACAGCUACUUAUGAAUGAAAGAAGGUGCUUUUUGCCCCUAUAAAGUGUAAUUAGGACAUGCAAGGGGUAAACUGGGACAUACUAACUAAAUUAACCUCGACUCUUUGCUGACACGAAAGCUGAACAAGGUCAGCUAAAGUGCAGCUACAUACAAAUCGUUAUGCUACUGCGCCCUCUUUGGUAAUAUCAUUGCAUUGCAAGCAGGACAGUACUUUGUGUUUCUAGGUCAAUGCAGAGUAAACAACAAAAAAGUACUAGCACAAAAUAUGUUGAAACUGAGGCAGGUCUCAUUAGGGUCCUUGAUGCAGUCGAUGAACUUCAGUUGAACGUCCGAAGACAACUGUAAUCUAGAUGGAUGAUUUCAAAAGGUUUGGUCCCCCACACAUUCUCAUCUCUGGAUAAUAAUCCCAUCAGUGACAAAGACUCAUCUGAGCCAUUUUUGGGGUUUAGAUUUACAUAAUCUUCUCAGUGCACAACAGCCUCAGACAUUUUAGGGUUUCUGCUGAAUAGCAGGAGUUAGAGAAACGGCCUCUGUUUUGACCCAAGCACUAAAGGAUUUCCACAGUCCAUCUCUGGUUGGUUUUCUGCUCAUCAAAGGUGUUUAGAAUCACCUGGUUUUUAUCAUACUGUUGGCCACCUGGAUGAAGAAUAGAUUAAGAAAUUCAAAUUCGUCUC